AUGUCAUCGCCCUCGUCCAAGGGCUGCGUGCUCGUCACCGGCGCCAACGGCGGCCUCGGCUCGGCCAUUGUGUCGCAUCUGCUCGGCGCACCGGAUCUGGCAUCGGGCUACACGGGCAUCUACACGGUCCGCAAGGCAGCCGGCGCCUCGCGGCUGCAGUCGGUGCUGCAAGGUGCGCCCGCCGCCCACAGGCACGAGACGCUCGAGCUCGACCUGGGCUCGCUGGCGAGCGUCAGGCAGACGGCGUCGCAGAUCAACCGCCGCGUGGCGAGCGGGGAGCUGCCGCGCAUAAGGGCGCUGAUUCUCAAUGCCGGAUAUCAGGACCAGACUUCUCUGGCCAUGAGCGACGAUGGCUUCGAAAUGACGUGGCAGGUGAACUUCUUGGUAAACUUUGUUCUGUCUCUCCUGCUCCUCCAGAGUAUGGACGAGCACGAGGGCCGGAUCUUGAUUAUCAGUAGCUGGGCGCACGACAUCGAGGACAAGAGAAACGGCAUGGGGGGCAACACAGUAUACCAGGAUCCCAAAUGGCCGACCCUGUUCCCCGACGUCGACGCCCUAGCCAAGGGUCGCUGGAGCACCCCAGAGGAUGAAGCGUCAUGGCAUUCAGGCUUCCGCCGGUACGGGGCGAGCAAGCUCUGCGCCAUCAUGCUCAUACACGAACUCGCCGCCCGCUUGGCCAGGGACCCCAAGCUCUCCAGCAUCGCCGUCAUUGGGCUCGACCCCGGCGGCAUGGGCUCCGACAUCUUGCGGCGCGGGUCCUUUUUCAGGAGAUUCAUCACCAUGAAGGUGACGGUGCCCCUGCUGGCGGCAGUGCUGGUCAGGCUGUCGCCCAACGCCGCGGUGCGUCCUAUGUGGAAGAGCGCGGCCGACGUGGUGCGCGCGUGCUUUGAGAUUAAGGCGCCGCCGUCAGGGGCCGGGGCGCUCUACCUCAACGGGACUGAGGAGCUCGAGACUGCCCGAGAUGCGCGUGACGCAGACAAGAGGAGGGCGCUGUGGAGGUAUGGGCUCGAGGCGGCGGGCAUUGGCGCCGAGGACACGGCCUUGGCGGACUGGCAGUAA